GGAGGCACGCCCCUGGCUAUGCUGGCCGCCCAGUGCAACAAGAUCACCACCAAAGCCUCGCCCCACGACACCGCCGGCAAGUCGUUCUUGCCGUGGAAAAAACAGCCCCCCGGCGCGCCACCCGCCGGGCACCUGCACCAUCACAUCGCCUCCCAGCGGAUGUGCGGCCUCAACACACCCGCGCUGUCCAUGCCCAACAACCUGUCCUACCCGCCGGUGACCUCCUCGGCCGUGUCGUCCUACCCCAACGAGCUGUUCUACUCGGGGGCCGGGGGCCCCUCACAGUGCUCAGAGCUCGCCCAGUCCGCCCUGCUGCACAAAAUGCACUCGGAGAACGGGCACCCCAGCUUCGGGGCCGUGUACUCGAGGGUGCCCUCGGCCGCCUACGACCCCAGCUGGCACUUCACCAAUAUUCCGAGCACCCACCCCGGGGCGUCGCACGCCCUCAAGCACAACGGGAUUACCCACAUGGCCGGCGGGGGCGGGGGCGCGCCCUGGUGGGAGGUUCACCCCGCCUCGAACGUUCACUCCACCGGAAGUAACUGGCUGUCCGAGUCCUCGGCCUUGCACGGACAAAUCGCCAGCCCGUAUCCCGCCCCGGACUACCACAUCGGGCACCCUCUAGCCUCUAACCCGGCUCUGUUGUCGUCGCAGCAGCACCUCCAGGACACAUACAAGUCGAUGCUGCAGCCCGCUCAGACUGACCUCGGCAACAACACCACCUACCUGCCGCGUCCAUCCCUCCCAGGUCUGUCCAGUCCGAGAAAUUCCCGGCGGUACACGGGACGAGCUACCUGCGACUGUCCCAACUGCCAUGAAAUAGACAGACUCGGU